GAAGUCAUCAUGAGCUCACAGGUCCGCCAAAACUACCACCAGGACAGUGAGGCCGGAGUCAACCGCAUUGUCAACCUGAAGCUGCAGGCUUCAUACACCUACCAGUCCUUGGGUUUUUACUUUGACCGUGAUGAUGUGGCAUUGGCAAAGUUUUCUAAGUUCUUCCGUGAGCAAUCUGAGAAGAAACGAGAGCACGCUGAGGGAUUCCUAAAGUUCCAGAACAAGCGUGGAGGACGUAUUAUGCUUCAAGAUAUUAAGAAACCGGAGGCUGAUGAGUGGAAGAAUGGAACAAAUGCUAUGGAGUACGCCCUGAAACUGGAGAAAAGUGUAAAUCAGGCGUUGCUGGACCUUCAUAAGAUUGCCACACAGCAUGCUGACCCUCAUAUGCGUGACUUCCUGGAGUCUGAAUACCUAGAGAAGGAGGUGAAACUGAUCAAGCUGUUGGGAGAUCACCUUACAAACCUGAGACGUGUGAAGGCAUCUGAGAAUGGAAUGGGAGAAUACCUCUUUGAUAGGUUGACCUUAGGGGAUGACCAUCAAUGAACUUUCUGAUAUUAAUAA